UUCCCGCGGCUCCCGGGGAAAUGGCCCUUCUCCCUGUCAGAGCAGCAGCUGGACGCCCGGCGGCGGGGCCUGGAGGAGUACCUGGAGAAAGUGUGCUCCAUCCGCGUCAUCGGGGAGAGCGACAUCAUGCAGGAGUUCCUGUCCGAGUCGGACGAGAAUUACAACGGCGUCUCGGACGUGGAGCUCCGCGUGGCGUUACCGGACAUAACGACGGUGACAGUCAGAGUCAAGAAGAACAGCACUACAGACCAGGUGUACCAGGUGAGCUGCUCUGUGCCUGGACUGGAGGGUUGACCCAGUGCGGCCGUUAACCCGCGCCCCGCGGGCGCCCGCUCGCUCCUCUCGCGCCGGCGGGUGCGCAAACUGGCGCCCAAUGAAUUCCCCCACAAACUCUACGUGCAGAACUACACCUCGGCGGUGCCGGGAACGUGCCUGACCAUCCGGAAAUGGCUCUUCACCACGGAGGAGGAGGUUCUUCUCAACGACAACGACCUGGCGGUCACCUACUUCUUCCACCAGGCCGUUGAUGAUGUCAAGAAGGGCUACAUCAAAGCGGAGGAGAAGUCCUACCAGUUACAGAAGCUGUGUGAGCAGAGGAAGAUGGUCAUGGUGAGUUCUCCUCCCUGUCCCCUUCGCUUCCCUUCU